UAUUGCCCGUCCGUGUGUGGUAGAUGUGCUGUUUUGUUUCGACAUUUCGUCCGUUGACUUCUUUCGAAUUACAGUUUGAUUUUACGGUUUGAUCUUACGCGGGUCAUUAGCAAUACUAGCUACAGCUGGUUCCCAUCUGUCGGUCAGUCUUCUUCUGCCGUCGUCAAUGGUCCGGACCUAGCAAGCGAUGUUAAAAACUCGACCGCUGCUAAGUGCCUUAGUAAACUCGAGACUGCUGACGUUCAGAAGCAACGGUUGCCCUUAUUUUUGCACAAUGAGCGAAGACUCUAAAUCCACCCAAUCGCCACCAAAAGUCAAGAGAAUCGAAGACAGCGAGAGUGUGCCUGAGCCCGCUGCCAAAAAAAUCAAGUUAGAUGGAGAACAUACAGAAGAAGAAAAGAAAUAUCAAAAAAAGAAAGUGGCCCUUUUAAUGGCAUACUCUGGAAAGGGAUACCAUGGAAUGCAGAGAAACUGUGGAAACAACCAGUUUCGCACUAUUGAAGAUGAUUUGGUGACGGCGCUCGUCAAAUCUGGCUGCAUCCCCGAAAACCAUGGAGACGAUAUGAAGAAGAUGUCUUUCCAAAGAUGUGCCAGAACAGAUAAGGGUGUGUCUGCAGCCAACCAAGUGGUGUCUCUCAAGCUGUGGUUGAUUGACGACAUGAUUGGAAAAAUCAACGAACAUCUACCACCGCAGAUCAGAGUGCUUGGUUGUAAACGAGUGACACAAAGCUUCAAUUGCAAGAACAACUGUGAUGCACGCACAUAUUCUUACAUGCUGCCAACAGUGGCCUUUGCCCCAAUGGACUAUGAUAUCCAAAAUUCAGCAGCCUUCCGACUUGAACCAAACACACUUCAGCGGAUCAACCAACUCUUUGCCCUCUACAAGGGUACCCAUAAAUUCCACAACUUCACUUCUCAGAAGAGCCCGCAAGACCCUAGUGCGCGCCGCUACAUCACAGAGAUGUCCUGCGGAGAGCCAUUCCUUUCAAGCGAUGCCGAGUUUGCUGUGAUCACUGUACGAGGCCAGAGCUUCAUGCUGCACCAGAUCCGGAAGAUGAUAGGUCUGGUGAUUGCUGUAAUCAAGGGUUAUGCCAAGGAGGAUAUAAUGGAGCGCAGCUGGGGACAUGACAAGUUGGAUGUGCCCAAAGCUCCUGGGCUAGGCCUUGUAUUGGAAAAGGUGCACUUUGAUAGGUACAACAAACGUUUCGGUGGUGAUGGCCUCCAUGAAUGCCUGGAAUGGAACCAAGAGGAGGAGGCUGUUAAGGCCUUCAAAGAGGCUUAUAUCUACCCCAGCAUUGUGGAGACAGAGCGUCAGGAAGGGUCCAUGAUUAACUGGAUGGCCACACUUCCUAUCCAUGAUUUUAAAACUACAACUACUGAAACAAAGUGA